UUCAGGCCAGCUUCUUCCGCCAUAAAUAGCCAGAAGCCUCAUUUCCCGGGUAAUCUGAACGGCGUUUCUUCGCAUCUACAGAGCAGCAGCUAGUCUCCUGCUUCCUGCGACCUCCUUUCAUCCAUUUCUCACUCUUUCGCUGAGAAUGGCUGCUUCCGUCGCUACCUCCUCCAAGGUGGUCGUCGCGCCCCGCGCGGCCCUGUCCCAGGGCAGCAGCGCCGGCUCCAGCUCUGUCAGGGCGUCCGCCGGCAUCAGGUCCUUCAACGGCCUGGUCGCUGGUAACAAGGACACCCAGAAGUUCGCCAACAUUUUCGCCGUCGAGCAUGACAUCCACUCCGCCGUCGCCUCGCACGUCGCCAAGGCGGGCAAGGGCACCCGCGGUGUGGUAACCAUGGCGAAGAAGAGCGUGGGUUCGCUGACGGAGGCGGACCUGAAGGGCAAGCGCGUGUUCGUGCGCGCAGACCUGAACGUGCCCCUGGACGCGGACUUCAACAUCACCGACGACACUCGCAUCCGCGCCGCCGUGCCCACCAUCAAGUACCUCAUGGAGAAGGGCGCCAAGGUCCUCCUCACCUCCCACCUGGGUCGCCCUAAGGGUGUGACUGAGAAGUUCCGCCUGACCCCUCUGGUGAACCGCCUGUCGGAGCUCCUCGGCAUCAAGGUCGCCAAGACCAACGACUGCAUCGGCGAGGAGGUCGAGAAGGCCGUCGCCGCCCUCCCCAACGGCGGCGUGGUCCUCCUGGAGAACGUGCGCUUCUACCCUGAGGAGGAGAAGAACGUCAAGGAGUUCGCCGAGAAGCUCGCCGCCAACGCCGACCUGUACGUCAACGACGCGUUCGGCACGGCGCACAGGGCGCACGCGUCCACCGCCGGAGUGACGGAGUUCCUGAAGCCGUCCGUCGCGGGCUUCCUUCUCCAGAAGGAGCUCGACUACCUCGAUGGCGCCGUCACCAGCCCCACCCGCCCCUUCGCCGCCAUCGUCGGCGGCUCCAAGGUGUCGUCCAAGAUCGGCGUGAUUGAGUCGCUCCUGGCCAAGUGUGACAUUCUUCUGCUGGGCGGCGGCAUGAUCUUCACCUUCUACCGCGCGCUCGGGUACAAGACCGGGUCGUCGCUGGUGGAGGAGGACAAGAUCGAGCUGGCCACCAGCCUGAUCAAGGCCGCCGAGGCCAAGGGCGUCAAGCUGCUGCUGCCCACCGACGUCGUCAUCGCCGACAAGUUCGCCCCCGACGCCAACUCCAAGAUUGUGUCGGCCAAGGACAUCCCCGACGGCUGGAUGGGUCUGGACAUCGGCCCCGACUCCGUGAAGACCUUCAACGAGGCGCUCGACACCUCCAAGACCGUCAUCUGGAACGGCCCCAUGGGCGUCUUCGAGUUCGACAAGUUCGCCGUCGGUACCGAGGCUGUUGCCAAGAAGCUCGCGGACCUGAGCGGCAAGGGCGUGAUCACCAUCAUUGGUGGCGGUGACUCCGUGGCGGCGGUUGAGAAGGUGGGAGUGGCGGAGCAGAUGAGCCAUAUCUCCACUGGCGGCGGUGCCUCACUGGAGCUUCUCGAGGGCAAGGUGUUGCCAGGUGUUGCCGCUCUUAACGAGGCUUAGAUGCUCUUAAAUAUGUUUUUUUGCCUUCUCCCACAGUUUUGUACAAUUUUCGCAUUCAAAUGAAAAUGAAAUUCUCUUAGAGCAUGUUGUGUUUCAUACUUAUUUUGCUUGUUGAACAAGCAAAGAUGGAUUCUGCACCCCAAAACAACCAUGGCGCUGUCAGUUCUGCUGUCGUAACCUAGGUCAGCCGAAGACCGACAGCAACAUAGAUACCAAGGCCAAUUUGACGACGUGUUUAUUAUUGUGAGGAACACAAGCUCUCGUUCUCCCCUCCGCGAGAUUCACCGCGCGUUUUAGGUCAGACAGUUGCAUCCCGCUUUUAGGUCGACGAGGUCCUCCGUUCGACCAGCCAUGGGGAUCUUCAAGUCGUUAUUCUCCUUCUGUCUCGGAACCACCUUCGGGAUAUACGUCGCGCAGACGUACAACUUACCUCCGCUGAGGCUAGUGGUGGACCAAGCGAUUUCAGUGGGGAAGCAACUUGAAGACGCCUAUAGAAAGCGAGAGCAGGGACGUGAUCCAGAUGGAAGUAAAGACAAGGAGUAAAGAAAGCGAGUCCCCGGGUUAGGACUAAGUGGCGAUUCCUAACUGCUCAUCAUCUUUGCUGCUAACCCGCUGCACCUGCCAGGCUGCCUGCCGGCCUCUAGUGUGUCCGGUUUAUGCUUGCUGCUUUAAGUCACAUAUACUAUGAAGCGUUGGUCAGAAUUUAGGGACGAAGCCUGUCUGUAGCGUGUUCGUGCUUGUAUUAUUUAACUAAGCUUCCACUAUACCAUUUCCAUUAUCCAACAUGUUCCUCUCUUUUCCUCUCCUCUCUCACAGACCUCCAUGUUCCCUUUCAGUUGUCUAAACUUUCUUGAGAGGAGUUGGAUGAUUUUGGUGACCAGUGCAGUUUAUUUAUCCUCCAAAACGUUCCUUCUACCAACCUUCAGCCUUUGCCAUUUGCACAGUUCCCUUAUGCCAUUGCCAACCCCUCCCUUUACUGCCUUCACCGUUCCG